UACUCUUCCUCCUUCCACUUGGAUCUCCAUGGCUGGCUAGCUAGCUAGCUAGCUAGAUGAUGGCGGUCAGCUCCUAUAUAUGCCUCCCAAGGGCUAGCUGCCUGAGAGAAACACUACUCUAGUGCCUUCUCUUUGUAAUUUCGAUAUCAGUAUCGGUAUGGGGCGGCCGCCUUGCUGCGACAAGGAUGGAGUGAAGAAAGGGCCUUGGACGCCGGAGGAGGACAUCCUCUUGGUCUCCUACAUCCAACAGCACGGCGCCGGCAACUGGAGGGCUGUUCCUACUAACACCGGUAUAGGGUUGUCGAGGUGCAGCAAGAGCUGCCGGCUAAGGUGGACGAACUAUCUCCGGCCAGGGAUCAAGCGCGGUGCCUUCACCGAGCAAGAGGAGAAGCUCAUAGUCCACCUCCAAGCUCUUCUGGGAAAUCGGUGGGCGGCUAUAGCUUCGUAUCUUCCGGAGCGGACCGACAACGAUAUCAAGAACUACUGGAACACACACUUGAAGAAGAAGCUCCGGAACAAGACCGAAGCUUCCGAAGUCACAGACCGAUGCGGGGGCGCUACUACUCGGUGCGGAUCGUCGGUGAGUAGCUCCGUGCCGAAGGCCAAGGGCCAGUGGGAGAGGUGCCUCCAGAUGGAUGUCGAAAUGGCGAAGCGCGCCCUUUCGGAAGCAUUGUCCAUGGAGGAUCCAGUGUCUUCUUCCACAAUUAGGCGCGGAAAUAGCCCCCUCGCGCCGUCGACCUACGCCGCGAGCACCGAGAACAUCUCGCGGCUCCUGGAAGGAUGGAUGAAGAAGAAAAAGAAGAAAACAACUAGCACCACUAGUCCAGCCACCUCCACCUCAAGCCAAAUGAGCAUGAGCGCCUCCAACUGCAUCGCGCCGCCUCCGCCGACAAUGUUUGGGUUCGAGGAGGGAUCACCGGAGACGACGACGACGGCAGCUGCCCCCUUCCAUCUCCUGGAAUCCUGGUUGUUUGAUGAGUGUGUUGGAGGGGAGGAGCAGCAAGAGAGCUUCCUCAGCAUGGUGAUGAACUAAUUAAUCACAAAUAGUUAAUUAAUUAAUUUGUGUGGAAUGUAAAUUAAUUACUAAUUUUGAUUAAUUAAUUAAAUAAAGUAUUUAAUUAGGUCCUUUA